AUGAGCGAUAUCGUCCUUGUUGAGCCCUGUGUCUUCUAUGCCCUCGAGGGAGGCAUAAACCACGCUGCUGCGGCUGCUCCAGGUACAGCUGCAGGAACGUGUGUGGAUCUGACAGCGACGCCACACACGCAUAUGGCGCUGUAUGAGUGGAUCCGCAGCUUCGUGGAGAGCGGCUGGGAGGCGCGACACGGCGCGUCCUUCAGUGUGCACGAUUUAGAGGAGGCAGAAGCCGUCCUUCGCGAGUUGAUUGCACUCGACGAAAGUCAAGUCCGCAUGCACCGCAUCACCACCUGCCAUGUGGCGUGGCUGCAGUGCGACCAGCAGCGACGGCAGCGCGACAUCGCUGUGACGGAGGCGCUGUCGAGGUAUCAGCUGCACCGUCUGCUUCACUGGGAGCAGCGGCUCUCCGCAGGUGAUGAUAAUGAU